UUGACAUGUCGUGAUGUUGUGGAUUUGUCUCUGUGCAGUUCUGACAGCGACCUGGAGGGGGCGGUGCUCGAAGUCAUCGAUCACCACAAACUGGAGCGAGUCACUUCCUGUCCCGUUGCCGUGGAGCCCGUCACUUCCUGUUCCGUUGCCGUGGAGCCCGUGGGGUCAUGUGCGACGCUGGUGGCAGAGAGAGUCCUGCAGAGGGCGCCACAGCUGCUGGACGCUCAGAUCGCCACUCUGCUCUACGGGACCAUCCUGGUGGACUGUGUGGACUUGGCUCCUGAGGCGGGGAAAGUGACUCCUAAAGACUCAGAGGUGGUUCUUCAGCUCCAGACCAAAGUCCAGACUCUGCCCCAAAGAUCUGAGCUGUUCACCGAGCUGCAGCAGGCCAAGUUCAACGUCAGCGGUCUGAACUCGGAGCAGAUGUUGUUGAAGGAUCUGAAGUCUGUGUCUGGACCCGACCUGAACCUUGGCAUCAGCGUCCUCUACCUCCCACUACAGGACUUCCUGUGUCGCGCUGACGUGGAGGCGGAGCUCUCGGCCUUCACUCAGAAGAUGGGAUUUGAUUCGCUCCUGCUCAUGUCAAUCUCUUUCACUGCGACCCAGCGACCAAUCAGAGAGCUCGGAGUGUUCAGUCUCAGCCAGCCAAUCAGAGAGCAGGUGAGUCUUUACCUGGAACAGGCAGAAAACCCCGCCCUGGACCUUCGGCCAAUCAGCUGUGUCCAUCCACACGUCACCGCCUUCCACCAAGGGAACAGCGUGGCGUCCAGGAAGAAGCUGCUGCCGCUGCUGAAGGACUUCCUGUGGCACAGCGGUCAGGAGCUCGUGGUCCCGCCCACUCCGGUCAACAGUCUGGUGGAAGGAUGCCCCCUGGACCGAGGACUGAGCCCCACAGAGCUCCAGACCAGACUGAACCAGGACUAGACCAGGACUGAACCAGUACUUAAUUAAUAUUUAUAAACAGCUUUGAGUUUCAGCAGGCUCCAUGUUUGUAGUCCUGUUAUUUCAGCAGGCUCCAUGUUUGUAGUCCUGUUUGGUGCCCCCUGGUGGAGCGGAGCGGCAGUGCAGCUCAGGAUGUUUUUAAUUAAAAAACUUCAACCCAAA